AUGUGCCCGUCGGCGGGCGGCGUCCGGGCCGCGAAGACGUUCAACUUCGACCUCUGCGCCCACGAGGGCAUGGGCCAGGACGACGUCUUCGGGAGCGUCGGCGCGCGCGAGCUGCUGGACAGCGCGCUGCGGGGGAUGAAGGCGACGAUGUUCGCGUACGGCGCGACGGGCUCCGGGAAGACGCACACGAUCAUCGGCCACGCGCGCGACGGCGCCGAGUUCCCCCAGGAGCCCCGGGGCGACGGGGGCACGGGCCUCAUCGACCGGGCCGCGGCCUACCUCUUCUCGAACGCGAGGGAGAGCGGCUUCUUCGCGGUGGCGUCGUUCUUCGAGGUCUACGACGAGCGCGUCUACGACCUGCUCGACGCGUCGAAGACGCCGCUGCCCGUGCGGCACAACGUGGGCACGGGCUUCUUCGUGCCGGGCCUGAGCGAGCUCGAGUGCUUCAGCCCCGACGACGUCGUCGCGGUGUUGGCCGAGGGGCGGCGGAGCCGGCGGCGCGCCGCGCACAAGCUCAACCGCGACUCGUCGCGGGGCCACGCGCUGCUGACGCUGAAGCUCGUCCACGGCCGGACGCGGGGGAAGGUGAGCUUCGUCGACCUCGCGGGCAACGAGCGGUUGAAGCGGUCCGAGGAUUCGGACGCGGCGGAGACAGGCUCGAUCAACCGGUCGCUCCACGCGCUGGGCAAGGUCAUCUCGACGCUCGCGAAGAAGGGCGACAAAGAGGACGAGGCCCACGUGCCCUACCGCGACUCGACGCUCACGAAGCUCCUCAUGGACUCGCUCGGCGGCGACGUCGUCACGCUGAUGAUCGCGUGCGUGUCCCCCGCGGAGGCCCACCUCGACGAGACGCUCUGCACGCUCCAAUACGCCUACCGCGCCAAGGGCAUCGUCAACUCGCCCGCCGUGAACCUC